GAAACUCGAGGUAAAAUCGUAAAAUGGCGACAGUGCUCAGCUCUUGAAUCUAGCUAGCUCUGCCCGACAGGCCCGACAAGCAUGUAGAAUUUUAUGGGAAACGAUCUGUACAAUUUACAGAUUCUGCUUAACGGCAGUUUGCGGAACUUGUUGUCUCAUUUUCAGUGUCAGUGUGUUCGGCCUUUCGGGAGUUGAGAUUCAUCUUCGCCGGUGCCAUGGCUGGAACGAGUGGACAGAAAGCGCGAACCUCCACGACUGUGCCCCUUCACCCGGUGAUUAGCAUCGUUCAAAGGAUGGCUCUCUACGAGACGAGAUGCAGGUACUACCUGGUGGGCUCGAACAACACGCAAACCACAUUCCGGGUGCUGAAAAUCGACAGAAUGGAGCCGAACGAACUCGUCGUUAUCGACGACAAGAUGGAGUACAACCACAAGGAAAUCAUAGAAUUUCUCAACAUGAUUGAAAAGGAGAACCGGCCUACUAAACCAGGACAGAAGGGAAGCCCUGGCUUGAAUCGCAUUGUGUCAGCAUUUGGAAUUGUUGGCUUUGUGAGGUUCCUGGAAGGUUACUACAUGAUCCUUAUAACAAAGAGAAGACGAAUUGCCAUCAUUGGGCACCAUACAAUAUACAAAAUUGAAGACACCAGCAUGGUCUACCUGCCCAACAACCCCGAGCACAGUGUUCACCCUGGCGAGAGCAGAUAUGUCAAGAUGUUUCAGAAUGUUGACCUUAGGAGCAACUUUUACUUUAGUUACAGCUACGACUUGACGCACACUCUCCAGUACAACCUCACACCAUUGGUGUGCACGGUUCCUAGUCAACCAACGACUUCGCAGAGCGAGUCAGAUGACUCGCUUCUCAAUGCCGAGGAAGCUGAGGUAGAAGCGGCUGAUGUCUGGGACUUGCUUCCAAUUGAAGAAUCCCAGAGGCCUUCAUACAAGUUGCCCGGAAGGAGGUUUAAGUCCGCGGGAAAAGACGACGGCGUGGAGAACACUGCAAAUAUUGUGUUUGGAAACUGGUCUGAAGGCACCUGCUUUGCCGGAAGGACAAAGCCCAACUGGAGGUACGUCUGGAACGCCUACCUCCUCGAGCCCGUAGACCUGCACACAGACUGGCUCCUUUACGUCACCCACGGGUUUGUGGGUCAAACGAACAUAAGUGUCUACGGGCGGCCCAUUUUUCUCACCCUGAUCGCACGGAGGUCCCAGAAGUUCUCGGGAACCAGAUUCCUGAAGCGGGGAGCCAACUCAGAGGGGGACGUGGCCAACGAAGUGGAGACGGAGCAGAUUGUUCACGAUUCAUCCGUGUCCUCUUUUACGGAUGGCAACUUCACGUCGUUUGUUCAAGUUCGAGGCUCGGUCCCAUUCAGCUGGUCGCAGGACGUCUCCAAGAUCGUUCCCAAACCUGCCAUCAAUCUGGACCUGGUGGACCCGUACUGCUUUGCGGCGGGGCGCCACUUCGGCCUCCUGCUGCGCCAGUAUGGGGCCCCCGUGAUCGCCCUGAACCUGGUGAAGAAGCGGGAGAAGCGGCAGCACGAGAGCCUGCUCAGCAGCCAGUUCCUGGACAUCAUCGACUACCUGAACCAGUUCCUGCCCCGCAGCCACCACAUCAUCUACCUGGCUUUUGACAUGGCCCGCAGCAACAAGCUGAAGGAGGCGAACGUUAUGGGCCGCCUUUCGGACAUUGCCUACUCGGUGCUGAGCAAGACGGGCCUGUUCCACAGCCGGGCGGGGCAGUCGCAGCCGCCCCCCGAUUACCGCCUGGGCGGCGCUCUCACCCAGUACGGGGCGAGGCUGCAGACCGGAGUGGCCCGCGUCAACUGCGUGGACUGCCUCGACCGAACCAACACCGCCCAGUUUGCCCUGGGAAAGUGCGCUUUGGCUUUUCAGCUGAAUGCACUUGGAGUACUGCCCAAGCCCGACCUGGUGUUUGAUACGGACAGUGUACGGAUGCUGGAGGUCCUGUAUGAAGACCACGGGGACACCCUGGCUCUCCAAUAUGGCGGGUCGCAGCUGGUGCAUCGGGUUAAGACGUACCGGAAGAUUGCACCCCUGUCCUCUCACUCCAGGGACAUCAUGCAGACUCUGUCACGGUACUACAGCAACACCUUUUCCGAUGCGGACAAGCAGAAUGCAAUCAACUUGUUCCUCGGGGUGUACCGGCCCUACGAACAAAGCAUUGCACUGUGGGACAUGACCACCGACUACUACCUGCACAACUCCAUUCCUGCGGGCAAGCUGCUCUGCCACCGGAAUCCGUACACCUGCUGGUUUGACGAAGAGGUGGCCGCAGCCUUGCCGUUUGCACUCGAAGAAGUGCUCAAGCACCACGGAAGGUCCCUGAUGGAAGUGAUGAAGCUGGAGGUGACCAGUGAGAAGGCAGACGGCUUUGUGGAGCUGUACAGGCCUUUUGAGAUGUCCGUCAUCAGCGAGCUGUUCAUGUUCAAUCUGAGCCACUCUGUCAGAAGCCGGCUGGAGGGUGUGCCAGACAAAAAGCCGCCGAAGGAGAGUUUGACAGGGGACAUCAUGCCCAACUCGGCGACAGACCACAGCCCGUUCUCAGUGCGCAUCCGCCCCGGCAAGCACCGAGAGACGGUGGGGGCGGCCAAGCUGCCGAACCCGUCGGUGAGCGGCAUCUCCUCGGCCAUGUCGACGUCGAGCGGGGCCAGCGACUCGGACAGCAUGGAGCCGAGCGACGAGGAGCCCGACACCGCUCAGACGCCCGACAGCAACGAGUCCUCCUCCAACGACUGCUCCCAGAAACCGAUCACCUUCGAGUCUGUGUUCCAGACAAUGCAACAGACAUAUGGCAGAGAGAUUCAUGAACCUUCUACUAAGGACUUGACCGUUUACAAAAGAUUUGUAAGCUUGGGGAAGUUGUCUGGAAUGACCUGCAAGAGUGAUGCCAGCAGCAUCGCCUCACCAAAGAAAUCGUUCCAGCUGAUCCGGCAGAGUGCAUUCCCCAUAGACUCGGUGUACGAAGUGAGCCCUCCCAUGGUGCCGCGCUCUUCGCGGGACAUCUACCAAGUCUACGUGCAGAGAGGCAAGACCGGUGCCCUGACUCCAAAUCAUCACACACUGAUGACCUAUCAGCACUUUGUUUCCCGAAGAUACCAAUAAAUUCCCUUCUCUCUUUC